GCGACGUGAGGCUGGCCAGUUGGGAUGUUUCUGCAAUGUCGACAGUGCUUCUCCAGAGUGUUUGGGUUCGGGAUUUUCGCGGAUUUCUGCUGAUUCUCCCACAAUAAUUGUGUUAGAAAGUGAAUGGUGAGCGCAUGUGGAUGGUGCGACGAUGAAUCGCGAGAUGCACUACGAGGGAUGGCUGGUGAAAUCCCCGCCAACGAAGAGAAUCUGGCGAGCGCGCUGGCGACGGCGAUGGUUCACACUGAAGCAGGGCGAAUUUCCUGGUCAGUAUUUUCUCGAGUAUUAUACAGAUAAGAGCUGCAAGAAGCUCAAAGGCACCAUUGAUCUCGAUGAAUGCGAACAAGUGGACGCCGGGUUGUGUAUGGAGAGGAAAUUCCAGCAUGUUUUCAACGUGAAGACGCCAAAUCGCAUUUACUAUCUGGCCGCAGACUCGGAUGAGGAGAUGAGAUUCUGGGUGAACUGCAUCUGCAAGGUGUGCGGAUUGCAGGACUUGUCUAAGACCACGGAUGAGAGGCCAUACUUCAACGUUGGUCUGGGAUCCAUCGAAGAGGCUCCACUGCCAGUCAAUGUUGGCGUUGUAUCGAAUGACAACAGCCAGAAGACGCCAACGAGAAGCAUUUCCACAUCUUUCGAAGAUCGCACAUAUCAGAAUGACGAUAUCUUUGCAAAGAAGCGCACACUGCAGAUACAGAAGUCCGCUGCCGAGGCCAAGGAGUCCUACUACAACUUCAGCGCCAUCAAGGCUGAGGUGGACGCCACGGAGAAGAGGUCCAAGAGCGAGGUGCCGAGUGCGGAUGUGCCAAAACACAGUCGCAGCCAAUCACUCAAUGAGGUGACUCACCGAGCGAGCGUGGCGACGGGCACGGUGCGCAAGAUUCCGGAGAAUUUGAAACUCACGGAUGUGAGUCAGUCGCUGGGAGACUGCAGCGAACCGUCGCCAUCACUGAGCACAUGUUCUGGGCCCUACAUUCCCAUCAGCGAGUGCUUCUCCGGCAGCCCAAUGCUGCUGGGCGACACCUCGGCCACGCCACUCAACAGCCUGGAUCCGCGCUUCUACGACACUCCACGGAGUCACAUCAACAUCGGCCUCAAUCUCACCGAUGAGCAGCCAUACUCGCCCAAGAGGAGCAACUGCGCGGCAAAUCGAUCCCGAAGCGGCAGAUCGAGUCCCAGUGAUUCGGAGAGUGUUUUCACGGACGACGAGUGGACUCAUCAUGACUCUCAAACGCAGAGUCUCGAUCGACGCGCUCGUCCGUCCGACAGUUCGGUGGAGAACGAGACAAUUGGCUGGACGUACGUUCAGAGGUUCUCCAAGGUGCCCGACGAUGUGCGCAAUCAGAAUGCCGGUGCGGAAGUGACUGAUGUCACACCGCCGCGUCCACCGAAGCGCCACAGUGGACUCAUUCUGGACGGCGUGAAAAUUCGCAAUCGUGAUGUUCCUUCCUCGGACACGGACAACGCUUCGCCGGCCAUCGGGCCGAAGGACAGUUCGUGUGACGUGGAGGAGAGUUACGAUAUCCCGCGAUCGCACUGGCUGCCGUACUUCAGCGGCACGCGUGGCAACAACAACGUCCCUUCGCCCAAGCUCCUGACCGCUACACCGGACAUCCUGACGUCCUCGACGCCAGAUCUUGUACCGCUAGGCGACAAGAUCGUCAACAACUCUCACUACUAUACCAAUGCGGCGCCAGUGAGGGUGGAGGGCAAGGUGUUUCGCUAUGACUUCAUGGAGCCAAGCGAGGCGCCCAUUGUGAAUCGGAAUCUCAAGCCACGUUUCAACUCUGAGUCCAGUUCUGCUGAUCCGGCAUCUUUUACCGCGCCCAAUGUGGACAGAAAGCUGAAACCGACCACGCCAAAGGUGGACACGAGGUCUCUGCCGCGGCGCAAGGAAGUGGCGCCGAAAUUGCGCACCGGCGGAAGUGCGAUGGUUGCUGAGGAUGAAAGUGACGACGAUGUGACGCCAACGAGCGAGCAGUUGCCUGCAAUCGUGGCGAAUACAUUCCGCAAGGAAGACAAGCUGCAGUAUCUCGACCUGGAUCACUCAAGCACGCCGCAGAGGCAUCCGCCGCGCAAGCUGAGCGCCUCCAGCAUCGGGAAUCUGUUCACCAUUCAGCGGCCGCCGGAAGUGAGCGCCGAGGGGAGCGGAAGCGAGCGAGGCAUUGUGUACAAGACGGUGGACUUCGUGAAGACGGAGGCCUUCAAGAUGGUGCGCCAGGAUGCCGAACAGAAUCGAGCUGCAAACAGAUCCAAGGAUUAAUUGGAAUCAAGUGCAAUUAUGAGGUUUUAUUUUGUUGAGUGUCAAGUGGCCUUAGAAACACGCAGGUAUGAUUUAUUUAAGGAGAUUCACAUGUGUGAGGAGACGAAAGAUUAGUCAAUGCGUGAUUGUGAUGCCCAGGCAGGAGAAGUGUGUAGCAGAAUAGUAGAAUAACUGAGGCGAGACAAUACAGAAAAGAGUCAAUUAUUGUGGACGGAAAGGCCUUAGGAAAACAUCUCUCUCUAUCAAUUGGAAAAGAAGGAAUAUCGCUGUUAAUAAUUGCAUUUUAAAUGUUGUAUUUUGGAAAAUGAGAAUCAUUCUAUUUUUUAUAUUGCGAAUUACUACCAUUUCCAUAUUAAGAAGUUUUAUUAUAUUGUCAAGAACAAGAACAGAAUAGCAUUACUUUGUUGCCAUAAUCAACACAUAUUUUUUAUGCGCACAACUACAUAUAUUGUAUUUACAAAUGGUCAUGUAUUACAAUUAAAAAAAAACUGUAGAGCUUCUAGAUUGUGCUCCACGUUUAAAUUUAAUAAAUGACUAAAAAGAUGAGAA